AUGGGCCGCGACCUGAGAGUUGGCGUCAUUUCUCCGUACAGCUGCCACGUGUUCGGCGAUUCGCGUCCGGAGCAGUCUUCCAGUUUCUCCGACGAAGUUGCUUUGUCCGCAACUGCACCAGAUCCGGUAAACGACUCCAGAUGUUUCUUGCCGUGGCAGUGGGUCUUUUGGUCUCAUCACUUGACGCCUCAUGGUGGCCUCCGGUCUGUGCGCAACUCCAACCCCAAGUGGUGCAAGAAGUCGGCUAACGGUCUCGGAGACGUUCUUGAUGUACGGGAUCGCUCGCCAGAAUUUGGGUUCGGCGCGAUUUUGUCGCUCGUCUCGCUCGCUUUGUCUCGGGAAACUUUCGCCCUUCGACCGGCCUCUACUUACGCGCAGAUCCGGUUUCUGCACAGAUGUCUCGAUAACAACGUGUUGCCGAAGUUUGUUUCAUACAAACCUCCGGUAAACAUGGAGCUAGCGAGACGCGCAGUAUUUCAGCACGGAAGACGUAUGAUCCGCGUGCUCUUUCAAGAUUGCCAUGCGAGACUACGCAAAUACCGUCAAAGAAUUGACCAAGAAAAGGCCAGAUGCUGCGAGUUCAUGGGCGAGAACGGCACAAAUCUGCUUCAGCAGAAAGUGACUGAACGAGCCCACGAGCAGAGAGCGACACGCGAUGCAGCACUGGGGCACAAAUUCCACAAACUGCCUGAUCCAACGUCAUCCAGAAGCGGCACACUGGUACACAACCUGUCGUCAAAGGAACUGACGAAGGAGCAAGCACAGAUUUUACGGCACGAAGCCUCAUUCAACACAGCUGACGCCAAACCUGUCAACAUGAUUGCAGCAGUGGAAUCGGUCAUUCAUCAGACGGAAGCGGCGGAGGAGACGAAGAACCUUAUCCGACACCAAGUUACGUCCCUCCUUAUGACUCACAAACCGCGCGAAACACUCACAAAGGUCGAACGCGAUGCACUAAGAGAACUCAAGGCCGACAAGGACAUCGUCAUUGUGCCCGCGGACAAGGGGCGUUCCACCGUCGUACUGGACAGAACGGACUACCUUCAGAAGGCCAAAAACCUACUGGAGGAUCGCCAGUUCUAUGUCCCAUGUGAAACCAACCCCAUUAAAACGCUGACACGCGAAAUUAAUGCAACACUGUUGGCACUGGAGAACUCGGGUGCAAUAACAGCGACCGACCGACGCGUGGCUAAAGCCCAAGAAACGGCUUUGGCCCGAUUCUAUGGUCUCCCAAAGGUGCACAAGGAGGGCGCUCCUCUCCGGCCCAUUGUUUCGCUCAAAGUCACUCCAACGUACGGACUGGCAAGAUGGCUGUUUCGGCGCCUCAAAUUUCUGACCGCUGAUUCGGACACCACGGUCUGUUCGUCAACGCAAUUCCUGGAGAAGCUUAAAGGAGUAAGUCUCUUGCCCAAUGAGGUCAUGGUAUCUUUUGAUGUCACGUCCCUCUUUACUUCUAUCCCCCAGGAUCUGGCAAUCGAGACCGUUCAGCUACUCCUACGAUACAAAUACGAUGUAACGGAGAAUCGUCUCGGACAUGCCCAAGUCCUUCAGCUCCUAAAGUUCUGUCUCAGGACGUACUUCACGUUUGACUGA